GGUGGCAUACGACAAUGUCAGCUGGCAUCGAUGACGCACGGCGUACAACGACAUCCAACGGGAACCAUUCGAAAGAUAUGUUUCUCAGCUUUCCUUCGAUAGUGGGGUAGGACGGACCAAUUGACGUCGCGACGUCAUCCGUUUAUUGAAUCGCGAGCGUUCCUAACGGCGAUUCUCAGAAACAUCGUUCAUUCGAUAGCCUCGAUAGUAUGACUGUCGUUGUCCUGCGUUGUCCAGCGCACCACGGCACUCGCGACGGGCUUUAAGCAAUAUGGCGAAGUGUGUCACGGAAGGCUCGGAGUAGACACAGUAGUGUCGUUUGUAAGAUGACAAGUUCGCGGUAUGGGUUGAGAAUAACGUAGUGGAGAAUAAUGUGCGAAUCGCGCGAGAGUAGACGUAAUCACGUGCAAGCGUAAUUGCGCCCAGCGAUUCUUCGCGAUCGUGUGAUCACCAUCGAGUGCGCGCGAGUUACCGGUGUGCAAAAACCAUGGCUACGGAUAAAAUAAAGGUUGCCGUACGGGUCCGGCCGUUCAAUCGCAGAGAAUUGGAACUCUGUACGCAAUGCGUCGUCGAGAUGACCGGGCAGCAAACCAUCUUGCAACAUCCUACUACGAUGGAUAAAAUCGAUCGGAACAAGCCCAAGACUUUCGCUUUCGACCACUGUUUCUAUUCCCUGGAUCCUGGAGCGGACAAUUUUGCCAGUCAAGAGAUCGUUUUCGACGCCCUGGGUCGUGAUAUUUUGGACAAUGCAUUUCAGGGUUACAACGCCUGUAUAUUCGCCUAUGGACAAACCGGUUCCGGGAAGUCCUACACGAUGAUGGGCAGUGGCGACAACAAAGGGAUAAUCCCAAGGUUAUGCGACAAUCUCUUCGAUAUGAUAGCGAAGCAGCAAAGUUCCGAGCUCACGUAUAAAGUCGAGGUCUCGUACAUGGAGAUCUACAAUGAAAAAGUACACGAUCUCUUAGAUCCGAAGCCAAAUAAACAGUCACUUAAAGUCAGAGAGCACAAUGUCCUGGGGCCCUACGUGGACGGGCUGAGCCAACUGGCGGUUACUUCUUUUCAGGACAUUGACAAUCUUAUGGCGGAAGGUAACAAGUCGCGAACGGUCGCGGCGACAAAUAUGAAUUCCGAGAGCUCCCGUUCGCACGCCGUAUUCUCAGUAAUUCUCACGCAAACUCUAACAGAUUCCAAGAGCGGAGUCAGCGGAGAAAAGGUCUCGCGAAUGAGCUUGGUGGAUUUAGCUGGGAGCGAAAGGGCUGUGAAAACUGGAGCAGUAGGUGAUAGACUUAAAGAAGGAAGCAAUAUUAACAAAUCCUUAACGACGUUGGGUCUAGUCAUUUCAAAGUUGGCGGAUCAAAAUUCCGGUAACAAUAAAAAGAAGGACAAUUUCGUACCCUAUAGGGAUUCUGUCCUUACGUGGCUCUUGAAGGAUAAUCUUGGUGGAAAUAGCAAAACUGUCAUGGUAGCUACGAUAUCACCGGCCGCUGAUAAUUACGAAGAAACGCUAUCGACUCUCCGAUAUGCUGACCGAGCAAAGAGGAUAGUCAAUCAUGCUGUAGUCAACGAAGAUCCGAAUGCUAGAAUUAUUCGCGAACUUAGACAAGAGGUUGAAACCUUAAAAGAAAUGUUAUUACACGCUACGGGAUCGAUUGUCGGCCAACAACGCACAGAUAUCACAGAAAAACUAUCGGAAUCGGAACGAUUGAUGAAGGAAAUGUCACAGACGUGGGAAGAAAAGUUGGUAAAAACCGAGAGAUUGCAACACGAGAGGCAGCAGGCUCUAGAAAAGAUGGGAAUAAGCGUACAAGCAUCUGGUAUUCAAGUGGAGAAGAGCAAAUAUUAUUUGGUUAAUUUGAAUGACGAUCCAAGUUUGAACGAGUUAUUGGUUUAUUACCUCAAAGAAAGGACUCUCGUAGGUGGACGUUCAGCCAAAACGGAACAGGACAUUCAAUUGCACGGCUUGGGUAUUCUACCGGAACACUGCGUUAUCACGAUAGAAGAAUCAGGCUUGUAUAUGACACCGUUAAAUGGUGCUCGAUGUUUCGUCAACGGUACACAAGUUGUAAACAAGACUCUGCUACAACAUGGCGAUAGAAUUGUUUGGGGGAAUCAUCACUUUUUUAGAGUCAACUGUCCCAGAAGUGCUACAGCAAUCAAUAGCGAACCGCAAACUCCCGCUCAGAACAUCGACUACAACUUUGCCAGGGAAGAGCUGAUGCUUAACGAACUUUCCAACGAUCCGAUUCAGAGAGCUAUAGCGAGACUGGAGAAGCAGCAUGAGGAAGAUAAGCAGGUUGCACUUGAAAAGCAGAGACAGGAGUAUGAACGACAGUUCCAACAAUUACGCAACAUACUAUCUCCCUCUACGCCAUAUUCUCCUUACGUACCGUACGAUCCUUUAAGAGGUAGCCAAAGUGGAAAGCUUCCGGCUUGUACACCAACGACACAAAUGCGCGUUGAAAAGUGGGCACAGGAGCGAGACGAGAUGUUCAAGCGAAGUUUGGGUCAAUUGAAAACGGAUAUCCUAAAAGCUAACGCAUUGGUGCAAGAGGCUAAUGUCCUUGCUGAAGAGAUGGGCAAACAGACAAAAUUUAGCGUCACCUUGCAGAUUCCCCCGAAUAAUCUAAGUCCGAACAGAAAGAGUGUAUUUUUUCAGCGAGGCGCGUUUGUCAGUGAGCCCGCAAUUUUAGUAAAGAGAACGAACAUGGGUAGUCAAGUUUGGUCUAUGGAAAAACUAGAAAAUAAAUUAGUCGAUAUGCGAGACAUGUACGAGGAACGAAAAGAUCCCCACAAUUGUCAACGAUUACCUUCGAUUAAAGACGAAGUUCCAGGAAAGACACAAGAUCCGUUUUAUGAAUCUCAAGAAAAUCACAAUCUUAUCGGUGUUGCAAAUAUUUUUUUGGAAGUAUUAUUCCAUGAUGUUCGAUUAGAUUAUCACACUCCGAUUAUUAGUCAGCAAGGAGAGGUUGCUGGUCGAUUACAGGUCGAAAUAAGUCGCAUAUCCGGACAAUUUCCUCAAGAUCGGAUAUGCGAAGCUGCUUCGGAGUCUUCUUCCGCUGAUUCAACAUCCUUCGAAGCGGAAGAUUAUACCGGAGGUUCCAGCCACAUUACCUGUCGCGUAACGAUAAAACAGGCCACCGGAUUACCACUCUCGUUAAGCCAUUUUGUGUUUUGUCAAUAUAUGUUUUGGGGUCAUCCAGAACCCAUAGUGGUUCCACCUAUGGUAAACGCGGAGCUACCCAAUUCCAAUUGCAUCACUGGACAGAGGGAUUCUUUAGCGUUUAAGUUUGAUCAUACAAAAGAUUUUACCGUACCCAUUACGGAGGAAUUUAUGGAACAUGCGGCUGAGGGGGCAUUGAGUAUAGAAGUAUGGGGCCAUCGUAGCGCGGGUUUCUCGCGUAGUAAACCUGGAUGGGAAGUGGAACAACAACAAUUAGCGAAAGCUCGAUCGCUCGCUGACCGAUGGUCCGAAUUAACACGAAAAAUUGAAUUAUGGGUGGAGAUACAAGAACUCAACGAGCAGGGAGAAUAUUCGCCCGUUGAAGUAGCAGUAAAGCAAGAUACAUGUACAGGCGGUAUUUAUCAACUUCGACAAGGCCAACAACGUCGAAUACAAGUUCGAGUGAAACCAGUACAAAAUUCCGGUACUCUACCGAUCAUCUGCCAAUCGAUAUUAAAUAUAGCCGUUGGAAGUGUCUCUGUACGAAACCGAUUGCAGAUUCCCUUAGACAGUUACCAAGAUGAAGACUUGAGUAUACUGAGAGAUAAGUGGAGCGAUGCUCUAAUGAGAAGACGUCAGUAUCUCGAUCAACAAAUUCAAAAACUCAUCAAUAAACAAGACAAAACAGAACAAGAUAUGGAACGAGAACAAAGUCUCGUGGAUCAGUGGGUAAGUCUCACAGAGGAACGGAACGCUGUUCUGGUUCCCGCGGCGGGUUCAGGUAUUCCCGGUGCUCCUGCAGAUUGGACUCCUCCUGCAGGAAUGGAACCGCAUAUUCCCGUGUUAUUCCUCGAUCUCAAUGCCGAUGAUCUUUCAACGCAUCAAUCGGGAGAAGAAGUAUCGGUGACAGGAUUAAACUCGAUCCUACCGAAAGAACAUGGAAACAAGUUCUACAAUUUACCGAUUAUUCGACAUUUAGAGAAAGACGUAUGUGCCAUUGCCGCGUGGGAUUCUAGCAUACACGACAAUGUACAUCUCAAUAGAGUAACUGAUGCGAACGAAAGAGUGUUUCUAAUCCUGAAGACUACCGUUCGCCUGUCGCAUCCAGCACCAAUGGAUCUUGUGCUACGUAAAAGAUUAGCUUUAAACAUAUACAAAAGGCAGAGUAUCACCGAUAGAAUUUUCAAGAGAAUCGUUCGGACUGAUUGUUUGACGCAGACUGGCGUCACCUACGAGGUGGUUUCGAACAUACCAAAGGCGAGCGAAGAGCUGGAAGAUCGCGAGAGCUUGGCGCAAAUCGCUGCCAGCGGAGAAGAUAAUAGUUUAUGCGACGGAGAAACUUAUAUAGAAAAAUAUACUCGCGGUGUGUCCGCCGUCGAAAGUAUAUUAACGUUGGAUCGAUUACGACAAAGCGUCGCUAUAAAAGAAUUGUUACAAGCACAAGGACAACCAUUGAUGCGCAAGACUGCAAGUGUUCCGAACUUUUCGCAGAUCAUGAGAUUCGAUAUGUCGAUGGAUUCGUUGAAUGUUACUCGCUCGGAAAGUGUGACAGAUCUCAAUAUGGAAAAUGGUCUUCCGCAUCCGCGACGUGCAUCAAUAGGUCACGCGAGAAAUGACGAAAACUUUAUAUCUGCACCGCCAAAGCCAUUUGGAAUCGGCUCCAUUCUGAACUCAGCGAGACCAACUUUCCUGAAUCUGAACCUGAAUCUCAACUCAUUGACACGUCUUCAACAAUCUACCUCUGCCAAGUCGUCUCCGAAUAUGGUUGGUAGCAAGCUGGGUCCUCGUAUGACUACAUUACAUGAGGAAACGUCAAAUGUAGGAAAUCAAGUCUCUACGCCUAUUAAUGAUGAUGACGGAGAAAAAAGUGAUGCCGAUUAUUCCGAAUAUGAGGCAUAUCAGACUCCACCGAAACCGAUAAAGCCACUAACUUCUUCACGCACGUUGGAUUCGCUGGUUGAACUACAAUCCACAAAGAUCAAUACGCCAAGCAUGAGUAGCAGCGGAUAUGGUUCUCAGGCCGUUUCUACGACAAACCUCACGUCAGAAGAUUCUAUUUCCAUCAAGUCCAUCAGCGUGGAUGAGACUCCAGACCUCGAAUAUCGUAAUCUUCUCGAUAGUAAAAAAUCCGAGAAAAUGGAUAGUUCCCUCGUUGAGGAAACGCCUGAAGAAUACUUGGGCGAAAUAAACUCUGCGUUGGAUAACUUGAACGUCUCGCAAAGUAUUUGUGCGCAGGAACAUACUAGGAAAAAUAUGGAAGAAGUAGGAACGUACGUGGAUACUGAUAUCGAUAGCCCAGUUUCUUCUACAAAAAGCGAAAGCGAAACCAACAGUAACGCAUUUCACGUCGAGAUUCAAAGAAAGAAUACACACGAUCAGAUUCUCAGUGAUAGAAAAAACGAGAUGGAGAUCAGUCAGACGUCCAAUUCGGGAGACGAUAGUCCCAUGGAGGGUACUUCCGUCGUACAUACCAAACUGCCACCUGGCAAGGUUGUACGAAGAAGAAAGAUCUCGAAUGGUACAGGAAGGCCUACCAGUUCGCAGCAUAGAGCUUCAUUUCCUAUGGUCCGUCCACAACUUUCUGAGAGUAAGGCUGCAGUACAUUUGGAGCAAACGUUACACUCUAAUCUGCCGUAUGAAAAUGGCGACAAUAGUUCUUCGGAGAGAAUCGACGCGGAUGACAUUAGCGAUAAAAGUUCAGCGUUUGGUUCAAGGCAUGAUUUAACUCGAGUGGAAACUCCUCUACCAGACUGGAUCGUUGUUGGUGAAUCGGUUCUAGUUCGUCCUUAUAGUUACUCCGGAGUUAUAGCAUAUGUUGGUCCUACAGAAUUUGCAUCGGGAACUUGGAUAGGAGUUGAACUUGACGCUCCAACUGGCAAGAACGAUGGUGCUGUCAAUGGCCAUAGAUAUUUCAUGUGUCGACCGAAAUGUGGUAUAUUCGUUAAAAUGGACAAAUUAAUUCAAGAUAGACGAGGAAGAGCGCUUAGAAGCUACACCAAGCAAGAAACGGCACCAGCAUCAUCCACGUCAAUGCGCAGGAGCGUUAGCAAGGGUGAAGGAUUACAUUCCUUGCACCGAAGUCGCAGUCGAGGAGAAGGCCUCUCUACUACAGGUACACGUUCUUUUCCACGCGGCAAGUAAACGGAUCACACACUGCUUCACCAUUACUUCGUGUUAAUAAAAGCCACCAUAUAAGUAUCCUAAUUGCUACAUGCCUAUAUGAUAUGUGUAGCAGCCAGCAAUGUUUCAGUCUUUUAGACCUUAGGGCAGCUAUGAAUUAUUGAAAUUACUAUAAAGUAAUACUUGAAAUAUUAGAUCGUUAAUGUAUAUCACACACAAGACAUAGGAUAUUUAUGAUCCGUUAUAUCCUAUGAGCAGCGUAUCCACUUCGCUAUUCAGGUAGAGAGGGAAGAAGAGAAGUGGCAUAAUUGGCCCGUGCAUAAUUGUCGCCAUGUAUCGAAAGUCAGCGAUGUUUAUGAUUUUAGCAUUCCACGAGUUUAUUUUGACGACUGGUAUUAACAUCCGCUUGUUUUAUGCCAGAAAAAGAAAAUAUACUUUGCGAGAUUUAAUUGUACAUUCUAAACUAAUCAAAAGUUAGCAAGACAUCUUUUCUUUUACUCUCUCGGUAUGUCGAUCAGAAAUGUAUGCGACAAUUACAAUUUGUACAUAUUCCACGUAAUGAUAUUUUGUAUUUAUGAAAUCAGCCGUGUUGACGCGAUAAACACGAUAAUACACCGAUUAAGUCUUUCUGUCGUUUUUACAGAUCAUUGGACGAUACACUUUCCAAAAUUACUAUAUGGUAAUUUAUAGAUUGGAAAAGUGUGUGUGUGUGUGCCCAAUGAAAGAAUAAAUAUCGGAAAAUGUGUUUCGCAUACACAUAUUUUACCGCGUUAUGUAGAUUAUUUAAAGAUUUUAUAUGUAUACAAUUGUUUCAUAUAUUGUAUUUUUUUAGCGCGCGAUCCGUUAAGUUCCUUUUUAUUGUAAUAUACAUCUUUUGUCAGCGUUAUCCCAUCACGUGAACAUGACACGCCUUAAUUUAUACACUGCAUUUGAAAUGCGUAAUGCAUUUUUGAAGAUUGCAAAUUGAUUCUUAAAUAUCGUUGUUAAAUUAAGAAACAAAUUGCAAAUUCAAAAAUAUAAUAUCUAAUAGAGCCGCAAUAUUAGGUUCAUAGAUUUAAGUAGUAAAAAGUAAAUAAACGAGCUUGUUUCAUUGUAGUAAUUGCAUAGCACCUGUAUUCAGCUGCGUUUAGCUUUUUCAUCGAUAAAUAUUUGGGUCUACGUUACUUGUUUUAUUCACGCACAGCACGGACGUUAGAGCGGACAAUUUAUAUAUAUAUAUGCCAUAUCCGGUAACGUAACCGGUUUUUUGCUCAUUAAUGAAUUACUUUUACCACUUGAAAGAAUUAAAUAAUUCGUCUUCAUUUCAAAAGUUACUACAUAUGUAACCACGUCUCGCGUGAAAUCAAACGGUGAAAACUACUAUAUUUUUCUCUUACUUUACGAAAUAGUAUGUGUCGUAAAGAAAUAUGAAAAAGACAAAAAGUAAACAAUUAACCUUUAAGGUAACUCAUACAUUCGCCCAAAUUGUGAAAACAGCUCCUGUCCAAUUAGAACAAUACUUAUAUUACCAAUAAUAAAUAUAUUACUGUAUGUGUAAUAUUUAUGGAAUAUAUAAUAAUAAUAAUGAUAAUGAUAAUGAUAAUGAUAAUGAUAAUGAUAAUAAUCGCUGCGGCGCACGGUUUCCUUAUCAUGGUAGACAAUCCACCCAGUUUUGCGUAUGAAAAUGAUCUCUGCGAGAAGGAAACCUUGCAAUUAGCGGCAUCUGUCCAUUUUUAGUAAUCGAGAUUGUUGAGGAAGGAACACAAAUUAAGAGUCCACAUGUCACAGUGAUACUACAUGCCUGUCCGGCAUAACGUGUUAAUAAAUUGUGCAAUUUUUCAUCACUACGCGUCGAUUCUUCGGUUCUUGGUACAAUGCAAUCGACACUUGCAUUCCUUUCGACGUAUUGGAACUCGUGUAUCAUCUGUAAAGCAAGAUUUAUUCUUGCCGUUCCUACUUUGUGGAUACGCGGACAGCAUACAAUGUGAUGUAAGAAAAAUGGCUCGAAAUCCGAUCCGUAUCGUACACAAUAUUUCCACUGCGUAUCUCUAUAUGUUAUCGAUCAGUUCUUGAAUAGUAUUUUUUCCGAACUCUUUAUAAGCCGAUUACAUUUAGACUAAUGUUGUUUUUUCCCACAAAACACACGCACACAUACA